AUGGAAAGGUGGAGCGAUAGAGUAGCCAUCGUGACCGGCGCAAGUAGCGGCAUAGGAAGAGCCAUUGCCGUGGCUCUGGUAAAAAGCGGCAUGGUCGUCGUCGGUAUUGCCAGACGAGAAGAUCUCUUGGAGAAACUAAGCGAAGAAGUCGAUAGUUAUCGAGGAAAGUUCUAUUACAAAUCAUUUGAUAUCAGAAAUGAAAAACACAUAACCGAAUGCAUUCAAUGGACUGUGACCACCUGUGGAAGUAUCGACGUGUUGAUUAACAAUGCUGGAGUCUAUGAUGAAACUAAACUAGUUGAUGAAUCGAUGGACCACGGGAAAAUGAUUAUGGAGACAAAUUAUUUGGCUGGAUGUAUUUUCACUAAAGAAGUGAUAAACGAGAUGAAGUUGAAGGGUAUUGACGAUGGACACAUUAUCAAUAUAAAUAGCGUGGCAGGCCAUUACAGGGCUGAACCAAUAAAAGCACUUAUUCAUAAUGCCAGCAAACACUGUAUAACAUUAACAACGGACAGUAUUAGAAGAAUGUUGAUUAACGAGGGCAGUAAAAUUAAAAUAACGAGUUUAAGUCCCGGAGUGACAAUUAAAGAGUCAUCAGAACAACAAUUGAAAUCAAUCCCCGAUAUGACAUAUCUAGAAACUGAAGAUAUUGUUAAUGCCACACUUUACAUUUUAGGAACACCACCAAAUGUUCAAGUAUGUGAAUUGACAAUCAGAUCUGUUGGAGAAACCAUGUAUUAA